GUUAUGACAGAGAGCAGCUUGUCAACGGCGGGUGUGGCAGAAAAUGAAAUCGUAUAGACAUUGGUUUAUUGUUUUCCAAUGUAUAACAUCUUUGUUUGUACGGGGAACCUCCAGUGCUCAGUGUUGGCUAAAUGGGGACGAACUGAGCCUGGAAAACACAAAUGGAACAAGUGCUUCCCUGAGACGGAAAGAAGGGCUUCUGACGUGCCCUGGUCCAGGUGACCCUAGUCAUUAUACAGAGUGCUGUUGGGAUUCACGUUAUCAGUGCUGCCCUGUCCAGUCAGCAGCCUCAAUGGAUGAUCAGCUUGUGAAGGUUGUUGGUGUUGCUGUCAUAUCCUCCUGCCUACUCCUGACUGUGGGUACUAUUGUCUGCUGCUUCUGGAGCCGGUGCCCUCUCUACAAUGCCUGUCGCAUCAACUACACACAUGGCACCAGUAUAGCAUAUGCCAAAGAUGAUGAUGUAGCAAAUGGAAUAAUGCCUCCAGAAGAAAAAAGCAAUCAGCAUCACUAUACACCAAAUGCUGUAAACAUCAAACAAUUUGAAAAUGUCUAGAUCUCAGUGAUUAAUGUUUUAAAGUUCCUAGUUGGUAAUAUGCAGAUUUUUUUAUUUUUAUUCUUUUUUUGUCUUGGUGUUGCACAGAAGUUGCCUGUAAGAUACUUACAGGCCCUUGCAAAUGACCACAAUGAUAUUAUAGUAAUUUGAAUGCAUGAGAGAGAUUCACUUCUGAACCAAAGAAAAAUCAAAAAACACUGCAUAGUCUGUAUAAUAGCAUUUAUAACUAAUUUAUAACUAUGUACAACUUUGGCAGCAGUGGCAUUAUUUUUGUGUGUUUUAAAGUGGUAUAAUUUUAGGAAGCAAUUCUAUUCUAGACACCUUACAAGAAAUACUGUAAUGGUAUAAUUAUGCUUGAGCAUUAGAUGGGUGUGGCAUGCUGAACACACACUGGAUAAUGUCCACAAAUGUCAGUGACAUGUAUAUGUGAAUUCUGUUUCUGUGAGUGGUAGACUGAUUGCUUAUAGUAGGACCGCACAGACAGUUUGAAGUUCGGUAGCUCUUGGUUUGUGUACCAUGCUCAUUGUGUGCCAUUUCUUCUAUCAGCAAAAUUAUGUUAAUGUAGCAGUUUUGACCUCUGUCCUAUAGAUCUUAUUGUUCAACUUGAACAGAAAAAUUUCACAUUGUUGUGUAAGGGAAGCGUGUAAAUUUUCAGCAACCACAUGAAACUGGAAAAGAAGCAGUGGGUGAAGAGAAUGGGAAAUGUUGUACAGAAACAGAUGUUUUCAGUCUUGUGAAUUAGUAAUUAGGGUAGUGUAAUUUCUUUAACUGAUGAUGUACUGAAAAGUCAAAACUACAUUUUGUAAAUAAGCUAUUGCAAUUAGCUUCUACGUAUGUCUAGAAACUUCAUUGUGAGUCUACGUGGUAUGAAAAUUUUCACUUGGUUGUUUGUUAAAUGUAUGAAAUUAACUUGACAGUUGUUCUCAUGUGGUUGUACUAGAUACUGGAAUUAGCACUGUUUUUAGUGAAUGUAUAUUGCUAAGUAGUAUUUUGGAUAAGGCUGCUCUGACACAGCCUUUGGUGUCUAGUGCCUUAUAUUUUAUGCCAUCACUAAGAGCUUCUUAACUGAAGUGUCUUCAAAUUUAUCAGAAUGCUAAGACUGUAAUUUCUCUGCUCAGCCAUAAAAAGUCCAGUCCACAAUUAUAACAGACCACUUCUGUACAUUUAGUUAAAAUUUGCUUUCUAGGAAACUUUCGGUCAGAUACGCACAU